GUGGCUGGCGGCGGGGCCUGGGUGUCCGCCCAGUGCCCGAGGACGCAGGCUUUGGCACCGAAGCCCGGUGAUUAAGUACUCCCUCUCUCAUGCGGGACGGAGGCUAGGGCAGGGGGAAGGCAUGUGCGGGAUCUGGAUCAAGUAGAUGUUACCCGAAAACAGCCCCGUUGGCCUCUCUGAGCCUCGGUGCCCUCCGCUGUAGAAUGGGACCGGUCAUACCUGAAUUUUCGAGGCAUCAGAGGCAACUCCGCGGCUCCCGCCAACGGUCGGGGCCCCUCGGGGACCAGCCCUUCCCGGGGCUGCUGCCAAAAAACCUCAGUCGGGAGGAGUUGGUUGAUGCGCUGCGGGCAGCCGUGGUGGACCGGAAAGGACCUCUAGUGACGUUGAACAAGCCACAGGGUCUACCAGUGACAGGAAAACCAGGAGAGCUGACAUUGUUCUCAGUGCUGCCAGAGCUGAGCCAGUCCCUAGGGCUCGGGAAGCAGGAGCUUCAGGUUGUCCGAGCAUCUGGGAAGGAAAGCUCUGGGCUUGUACUCCUCUCCAGCUGUCCCCAGACAGCUAGUCGCCUCCAGAAGUUCUUCACCCAUGCACGGAGAGCCCAGAGGCCCACAGCCACCUACUGUGCUGUCACUGAUGGGAUCCCAGCUGCUUCUGAGGGGAAGAUCCAGGCCGCCCUGAAACUGGAACACAUUGAUGGGGUCAAUCUUACAGUUCCAGUGAAGGCCCCAUCCCGAAAGGACAUCCUGGAAGGUGUCAAGAAGACUCUCAGUCACUUUCGUGUGGUAGCCACAGGCUCUGGCUGUGCCCUGGUCCAGCUGCAGCCACUGACAGUGUUCUCCAGUCAACUACAGGUGCACAUGGUACUACAGCUCUGCCCUGUGCUUGGGGACCACAUGUACUCUGCCCGUGUGGGCACUGUCCUGGGCCAGCGAUUUCUGCUGCCAGCUGAGAACAAGCCCCAAAGACAGGUCCUGGAUGAAGCCCUCCUCAGAUGCCUCCACCUGACCCCUUCCCAGGCUGCCCAGCUGCCCUUGCACCUCCACCUACAUCGGCUCCUCCUCCCAGGCACCAGGGCCAGCGACACCCCCAUCGAGCUCCUGGCACCACUGCCCCCUUAUUUCUCCAGGACCCUACAGUGCCUGGGGCUCUGCUUACAAUAGUCCUCCCUCUGUUCCUGACCCCCUCACACACACUGGAAGGUGAGGGUGGGGGCUCUGCAGUCAGACAAACCUAAGAUCACAUCCUGGACAGGCCACUUGCUUGCUGUGUGGCACUGGGCAAGUAACUUUACCUCUCUAGACUUGUGAUAAAAGUUCCUACCUCAUGUUAUGGUUUUGAGGAUUUGCUAAGAAAGUAAAUGUUUAUUACGGAUCUUGCUUUCUGCUGAGU